AUGUCUUACAAUCCUUAUGCGUAUACAUCUAAUGACGUCUCUAUCAAUGACAGGUUCUCACACGAGACAGGAGGUCAAUUUGCAUCGUCCCGAGAACGACCAAUAAUGCAGGAAGCUGCUCCACAGGGCCAUUUCGCAUCCAAUAGCAGGCCAGCUCAGCAAGACGGUAUACCAUUUCAGAAUCCAACGACGUCCAUGGCGUAUCAGCUUGGCCAAAGUGCGUUUACGAACUUCAUCGGUCAACAGAACUUCUCUCAGUUUCAAGAAACCGUCACAAAAGCUGCAGGGAGCUCUUCGAGCCUCUCACACUACUUCCAAGUCACUACUUCCUACGUGUUGAGGAAGUUGCAAAUUAUUGUGCUUCCCUUUUUCAAGAAAGCCAGCUGGCAGCGUAUACCGGAUACCCAAUCGCAGGCGAGCGGCUCACUGUCCUUCUUACCACCCAAGGACGACGUGAACUCCCCGGACCUGUACAUACCCAUCAUGGGGCUGGUCACGUAUAUCCUGGUUUGGAAUAUGCAAAAGGGUUUGCAGGGCUCCUUUAAUCCCGAGAACCUGUACUACAAGUUGUCUUCGACAUUAGCAUUUGUCGGCCUGGAUUUGGUCAUUUUGAAGCUUGGUCUGUAUCUGUUGGUGAACGUCAACUCCCCAACUUCGAGCCUGACAGAGUUGGUGUGCUACGUCGGCUACAAGUUUGUACCGCUUACUUUGGUUCUGUUUUCUCCCAACAGGCCGCUCUACAUAUCGAUGGCCGCCAAGGUAUACCUCUUUAUCGCAUUCGGUGUUUUCCUUUUGAGAUCGGUCAAGUUCAACCUAUUCAUGAAUGCCAAUAAUGACAUGGCCAACAUUAAGAAGUCGACAGUCAGAAAAUGCAACUACUUCUUGUUUGUUUACGGUUUCUUCUGGCAAAGUGUCUUGAUGUGGCUGAUGGCUUGA